AUGGUAUCAACAACAAUAGAUAACGAAGACGCAAAGAGUACCAGUUCAACAUUAGUCAAUGGAGGAGAAACAACAAGAAAUAACCAUAAUGUGCAAACGAGACAUGGUUUUGACCAAGAGCUAUAUGAAGAAGACAUUAUUCGCUUUCUUUAUUAUUCAGAAAAGCGACAUGAGACUAAUGGCAAACCAAAUACGCUGACAAAAAACACUUUAAAGGAUUGGCGUUUAAGAGAAAGAAUAAAGACUGUAUCAGGACUCUUGGUCGUCUGUCUCAACAUUGGUACAGAUCCUCCAGAUGUUGUAAAGACAAAUCCUUGUGCCAAACUAGAAUGCUGGAUAGACCCUUUUCUACUCGUUCCAUCAAAAUCACUAGAGGCUAUUGGAAAGAACUUACAUAAUCAAUAUGAAACUAUCAACGGACGUACACGAUUUAAACUAUCACUCGAUCCUUCAGUGGAGGAAACCAAAAAAGUGUGCUGUCAAAUGCGACGAAACGCAAAAGAAGAACGAAUACUAUUUCAUUAUAACGGUCAUGGCGUGCCUAAGCCAACCACAAGCGGUGAAAUUUGGGUGUUCAACCGAAACUAUACUCAAUAUAUCCCUGUUUCUCUAUUUGACCUUCAGUCAUGGCUAGGAUCGCCCGUCAUUUAUGUUUGGGACUGCUCAGCGGCUGGUAAUAUUAUUAAUGCAUUCAAUCGAUUUGCUGAACAACGAGACUCAGAAGCUAUGCGAUUAUCACAAGAACAGCAUCAUCCAACAACUUCUUGGAAAGAUUCCAUUCAGUUAGCUGCCUGUGGCCCGACAGAAACAUUACCCAUGAAUCCUGAUUUACCUGCUGAUGUCUUUACAGCUUGCUUGACAACGCCUAUUGAAAUGUCCCUUAGAUGGGUUGUCAUGCGCAAUCCACUGCUGACAUCUAAUAUUACCAUGGACAUGGUCCUACAGUUACCCGGUCGCGCAACCGAACGACGAACACCCCUGGGCGAGCUGAAUUGGAUAUUUACGGCAGUGACAGAUACGAUCGCGUGGUGCGUGCUACAAGAUCAACCCGAAUUAUUUAAACGAUUGUUCAGACAAGACCUGAUGGUGGCCUCCAUGUUUAGAAAUUUUUUAUUGGCCGACCGUAUUAUGCGAUCAUAUCAAUGUACACCAAUGUCUACACCAAAACUGCCAGAGACUCAUGACCAUCCCAUGUGGCAAGCUUGGGAUCUCGCUGUCGAUAUGUGUCUGUUUCAACUGCCUGCGCUUAAGGCUGCCGAAGCAGGUGGGCCACCGUACGAUUACCAACCGAGCACGUUCUUUUCGGAACAGCUGACUGCAUUUGAAGUCUGGCUAUCGGAAGGUGCUGUGAACCCAAAAAUCCCGGAGCAGCUGCCUAUCGUACUCCAAGUGUUACUCAGUCAAGUACACCGUUUGCGUGCUCUUAUCUUGCUUAGUCGAUUUUUAGAUCUCGGACCAUGGGCCGUUAAUGCCGCUCUUUCGGUCGGUAUCUUUCCUUAUGUGCUUAAGUUACUACAAAGUCCUGCUGCCGAACUCAAACCUGUGCUGGUCUUUAUCUGGGCUCGUAUCCUGGCUGUUGAUCGAUCUUGUCAAAACGAUCUUCUCAAGGAUCACGGCUAUGCUUACUUUAUCAACAUUCUCACACCCAAUAAUGCCAUGCUCAGUAUCCCUCAUGUGUCGGAACAUCGAGCGAUGAGUGCAUUUAUCCUGUCUGUCUUUUGCACAGAUUUUAGAACAGGGCAACAGGCUUGCUUGAGAGGAAAUGUCAUAUCCGCUUGUUUGGCUCAUGUGAAUGAUCCAGAUCCUCUUCUUCGUCAGUGGAUUUGUCUUUGUUUGGCUCAAGUAUGGUUAAACAAUAGUGAAGCGAAAUCGAUUGCCAUUAAUGAGAAUGGACAUGAAAAGUUGACUGCAUUACUGAAUGACAGUGUACCUGAGGUGCGUGCCUCGGCCAUGUAUGCCCUUGGUACUUUCUUGUCAGAUCCAAACAAGACGGAACAAAUUGUCAAUAUUGAGCACAACAUUGCCAUCUCUGCUCUCUGUGUCAUGUCUGAUGGCUCACCCAUGGUCCGACGUGAAUUUGUGAUUGCAUUAUCCCAUAUUGUUCAUCAAGCAGGUCCCGCCAAGUUUCUGGCAGCUGCCACUCAGACCAUUGAAGAGGAUCAGCGUAUAAAUGAUAAAUUAAGAGGAUCAGGUGCAAGACAGUCUGACUGGCGAGCGGCACUUGACGGCCAUUUUGGAUCCUCCAGCUAUGACUCGGUGUACGCUGUUCUCUGGAAGGCGUUACUCAACUUGUCUGUAGAUCCUCAUCCUGACGUAUCAAAGGCUGCUUCCAUUGUAGUAGAUCAUAUCACGGCCAUGCUGCUCAACACACCAUUGGUUGGGGAGUAUGCGUCCAACUUGGCAAGAGAACAACAGUCUGCAAGCGGCACUGUUGCUACUGCUAGUACAAGUAGCGCGUCUCCCACUACGACUGUGGAUGACCAAGAACUGCUUCGUGCAGCUACCAAUCCUCAUGCUCGUCGGCCUACCAAGUUGACUCGCUCCGUUUCAUUUGCAUCAACACUACGCACGAUAUAUAAUUUUGGAAACUACUCUUAUCAAGAACCGCCCAAUGGAAAUAAUGUAGAUCAGCAUCAGUCACAGCAUCAACAGAAGAGCAUACAUAGCUCUCAUGAAGAAAAGACACUGCCGCUUUCAUCGGGCUUCUAUGAUUGGAGUUGUGAAUAUUUUACAGAACCACAGAUGCGUGCCGCUGAAGCUGAUGAACCAGGAAGUGUGAUAUAUACCCAACGUAAAUGGAGAAGAAGUCGCAACGAAAAGAUUUUACAAGAGUCAAACAUGACCAAAGGCAUGGCAGGGUCCAGUCGAUGGGAUGAGCAACUAAUUUCGAUGUUUAAUGAUACUGAAGCCUCUCUAUUAACAUUCCAUCAAUUCGAGCCUCAUCUAGUAGCAGCAGAUUCAUAUAACUGUCUAGUAGUUUGGGACUGGAAAACAGGCACUCCACUUAGUGUGAUUGAUAACCAUAACCCUGCACAUAGCAGAAUAACAGACAUGAAAUUUUUGAAUGAAGAAGACGUGGCCCUGCUCUUGACUGGCUCAGAUGAUGGUGUUGUUCGUCUUUACAAGAACUAUGAUCAGGAGCAGGCAAUCCUAGUUAGUUCAUGGCGUGCUUUAAAAGACAUGGAAAAGAGCAACUCAAGGCAGAGUGGAUUGGUCACCGAUUGGCAUCAAGCGCGUGGUUAUCUCUUUACAGGUGGUGAUUCUAAAGUGAUUAAAAUAUGGGAUGCACACCAAGAGCUCCCCGUCAUGGAUAUCCCUACACAAUCCUUGGCAUGUGUCACAAGUAUUACUAGCGAUCAAGUAAGUGGUAAUGUCAUUGUCGCUGGUUUUGGCGAUGGAUCCAUUGGUGUCUAUGAUCGUCGAUUAAGUCCACAAGAAAGCUUGGUCAAGAAAUGGGACGAACAUAAAGCUUGGAUUACAAACAUUCACUUACAGAGGGAGGGUACUAGAGAACUGGUCUCUGGUGGAUUUGAAGGUGAUAUCAAAAUUUGGGAUAUUCGUGAAUCACAAUCCAUAAAGACGAUCGAAGCACACACUCACAGUGAGAUGACUUCAUUAUCUGUUCAUGACCAUAGCUAUGUUAUGGCAAGUGCUGGUGCCGACCAAGUCAUUAAAGUUUGGAAUAUGGAUGGUUAUAGACUUUCAACCAUUCGUCCCUCGUCCGGCUUUUUGAGUCAAAAGGCGACAUCAACAAGAGCACUUUCCUUUCACCCAAAUCUUAUGGUUAUGGCAGCGAGUGGAACAGAUGGAUAUAUUACAUUAUAUGGCGCACAUAUCGCAAAUGGAAAUAUGUAAAAUAUGUCAACAUGUGUAUCUUUUUAUUAUUAUUCU